CGCUCUCCCCUAUCCUCUCUCCUCGCCCACCGGAAACGCAACGCAACGCAACGCAACCAGAGGGGGAGGGGGGGGGGGGGGGAAAGCCGGAGCCGACUGCCCGCACCACCCACAGGAACGCCGCGGGGCAGGGGGGCAGGAGGAAGACGCCGGCGGCGGCGGCUUAAAAGGGCAGGGCGCCAUUACCUGCUUCCCUGUCUUCCCCUUCCCCUCAUGUACUAUAGUACUGCGCUGCGCCCUUUCAUUUACCCGGAGUAGUAAACGAGAAGAGGAAUAAUUGUGUCGCAAACUAAUCCGUUUCGCCGCUGCCUGCUGCUUGAGCCAAUCUUCCGCGGGUCGGGGCCGAUGACCUGCCAACUGGUACUGCUUGCCCCCUCCCCCUUUCCUAUUGCUACGAUUUAGCUUCAUAUAUGUGAUUUUGCUGCAACUAUUAUGUACGUAAGCUAUCUCGGACCGAUUGAAUUAAGCUAUCUCGGACCGAUUGAAUUAAGCUAUCUCGGACCGAUUGCCCCCUCCCCCUUUCCUAUUGCUACGAUUUAGCUUCAUAUAUGUGAUUUUGCUGCAACUAUUAUGUACGUAAGCUAUCUCGGACCGAUUGAAUUAAGCUAUCUCGGACCGAUUGAAUUAAGGAAUUCUGUCCGUGCCAUAUAGACGAUCUUUUAGUGCUCAUUACAUGUAUUAGACUCUGUUUGAAUGUACUAGAGCUAAUAGUUAGCUACUAAAAUUAGCUUAAAGAUAUCCAAAUAAUCUAGCUAAUAGUUCAGCUAUUAGCUACUUUUAGCAAAUUAGCUAAUAGUUAGUUAUCUAUUUGUUAGCCACCUAUUUCCACUAAUAAUUUUUUAGUCAACUAACUAUUAGCUUUAGUGCAUUCAAACACGGCCUUAUUGUCGCCUUGGUGGAGUUUCUAUUGGGUUGUCAUAUACUAGUCGCUUCUUGUUUCCGCAUACAUACCCUAUUUUCACCUGUCAUGAGUCGUCAUGCUUUGCGUUUGGUGCCUCAUGGUAGGCUCAACAACAUUCUAGGCCGAUUUAUUUUGAUGUACAAACAAAGCAAAAGGAAAGCGAUUUUUGCCCCCAGUGAUGAGUUAUGAACGAUUCUAGUGUACUUGUUAUCGUCCUAGGCGUGACUCUAGCAGUGCCGAUUUAUCAUACAUCAUCUCGCCAAUAUUAUGCAAUAGCGUUCCACGAUACUAUAUUUGUCAAGUGCACAACUGAUUUGAAACUGGUCUUUAACAAAAAGAAGAUCGGACAGGUGAUCUGUAACUGAGUGCAGUAUUUCUUUUCUAUUUACUAUAAGUACCAGCGACACUCUGGUCAUCAGCGUUCAACUGUUAAUUAGAAAACUAUUUUAGUACAUGUUCUAGAGAAGUGUUUGUAAAGUUUAUUGUUAAAUGCUACAAUUCUGGCCUAACGAGCAUAACAAGCUUUGCACGUCAGGGACCCCAGGGUCGUCGUCAUCUAUCUAUAUUUGAGGUUUUUGCGUCAACAUGACAAGGUGCUUUUACUCUCACCAAACCGUUACUGGGGUUGUCCCUGUGUCUGUCAUUUCUUUGUCCUAGGCAAUGGCCACAGAGAAGAGCCAAAGACAUGAUGGGUAUUUUUUACAACACGGACGUGCUGGUAAUGUCUGUGGCGGAGGCAGGGUUGGCUUCUGUCUGUUAUGGUGUUCUGCUGCCUCCCCGUGUGGCUGUGGCAGCCAUCAGCUCUACCAGGAGCAGCUGUAUCCAGAGAUGGUGUGAAGCACACACAAUUCUACUCUGCGCAGGGUCUGUUUCACUUGCCAUUUUGGAUAGGAUCGCUCGUUUUGGAAUUAACUUUAUGCUAACAGAAUCUAGGUGUCAUUAAGCUAGAUUAAGCUUGCUGCUUGACUUAGUAGUGUAAAUCUGUAAAGAAAAUUACCUGGUUUGGGUUUAGUCUCUAUAAAAGAAAUGGAACAGAGGAAUGUUCUGGCAUUGGGUGAACAUGUUCUAAAAGCUACUGUUUGGAAGCGGAAGCAUAAGACUGCUAUGGAGCACCCUGAAGGCAAUGAUGUGAUGGUGUUCUCUCAGCAUGAUCAAAGAAAGCACCCUGUGAUAUUUGACGACAGAGCUAAAUGUAAGAAGUCUAAAUUAAUUUCCUGUGGGAGUGGAGUUAUAUUGGAGUCAUAUUGGAACUUUAAGACAAGUGGGCUGCCUGUGCGCGUGCUUUUCUACCAACAUGGUGACUGGAGUGAUUUUCCAGAGGAUGUUGUAAAUCUAGCACAACAGGACUUCCAGUUGAAGAAGCCAAUUACAACUGCUGUGUUCCAGAACAAGCACAUCCUGUUGGACUUCAUUCACAUGAUUUGCAUAGAUUAUGAGAUGACCAUAGACAAACCACUAGCAUGGGUUGAUGAUAAUGGCAAACGCUUCUUUCCAGAUUUAUCUGCUGGGCUCUACACAUCUAAACCAUCUCAGCAUGAGAAUGGUGAAGCUGAUGAGUGUGAUGGAACGCCUACAAGUGUAGCUGAAAGUUCUAGUUCGGUAUCUGUUGGUGAAGUAGUUUCUCAUGGUAAGAGGAUCAAUGAUAUUGCAGAGGACAACAUGAGAGCACAUAACAUAUUGUAUGAAGCUGUUGGUGAAAAUAUUUCAGGUCCUUCAUUCCAUUUGAAUGAAUAUUCUAGUGGAACCAUACAAGCUACUGGCAAGCCAAACGAUUGUCGACGUAUUGAUUCAGCUGUGCGGAAUUUGUUGCUCAAAGGAUUAGGUCAGCCGUUUAGUGAGGAAGAUAUUAUUGGUAUCUAUAGAACACCACUGCUAGAUCAGCGAGGGCAAGUUCGUUGUGGUCUCUUCCAGAAGGAGAUCGAAGAGACCAGGAGUCGUCGGGGGAAUGCAAAUGUACGUUAUGCUUGGCUUCCUUGCUCAAGAUAUACCAUGGAGCAGAUGGCAAUGCGGGGUGCUCUGGAAAUCGCGAAGCCUCAUAAGGGGUCCAUUUGUGGUGUUGGGACUUGUCUUGCUCCUGCAAACUGUACAAAUUCAUGUGCCAGAUAUUCUGAUUUUCAUGAAGAUGGCAUCAUCAGAAUGAUGUUGUGCCGUGUAAUAAUGGGUAAUGUUGAGGUUGUUUUGCCUGGAUCAAAGCAAUUUCAGCCAUCCAAUGGAAGUUUUGAUAAUGGUGUGGAUGAUCUUCAAAAUCCACAGAAUUACAUCGUAUGGGAUGCUAAUGUGCAUAAACACAUAUAUGCUGAAUAUGCUGUUAUUGUCCAAGCACCUCUCGUGACCAAUGAAUGUUCGGGCUUGAAGGAUAGCGUGCCCAACAUAUCUGAGAUCAUAAGUUCUGGUUCUCGAGACAAUCUAACCAAGGAGGAUAGGUUCGCGCCUUGUGGUGUCGAACAAGAAGCACCUAGGCUGGGGCGUGCUCCAAGGGCCCCCUCCUCACCAUGGAUGCCCUUUUCGAUGCUUUUUGCUGCUAUUUCCACGAAAGUGCCUCGUUCGGACAUGGAGUUGGUCAUCAGAUACUAUGAAGAAUUCAAGAGGAAGAGGAUGAGCCGGAGCGACCUGGUGGUACGGAUGAGGCAAAUAGUCGGUGAUAAGAUAUUGGUUUCUACAAUAAUGAGGCUUCACCACCAGAAGAAGCCCCCAUCGAUGGCAGCAGCAGCAGCUGGGCUAGCAAGAGCACUCGCAAGGGGGGAAGAGGGAGGGGGAGUAGCCGAGUAAGAUUAGUUUAAGCCGCCUUGUCUUUUGAGAAAUUUAUGGAGCACAUAUGCUUUGUCGACAUGGCCAGACCCAAGGUGUCAAAAGGGAGGGAGAUGAGCUGAGCAACUGUUGUAGUGUAGUCUCAAACUCAAAGCGUUUAGGUCUUGACAUUUGACAAACUAAAACUCAGAAACAUUAUCAUGAGUAGUGUUUUUUUUUCGUUUCUCUUUCCUGGAUUUAACUAUUGUUAUUGCUAUUUCGUGGAUAUCUGGGCACUGAAGGCCGUGCUAUUGUUGGUUAA